AUGACUCGUCAACUUUAUGUCUUCGGCAGCAAUGGUGAAGGUCAACUUGGCAUCCCCGCCGCAGACAUUGUCAGCACUCCGACUAUCGUGUCUGAACCCCCGCCGCUGGAAGGACUGCGAGCCAUUACCGGAGGCGACAAUCACACUCUGCUCCUGACGAGCGAAGGCGAUGUCUACGGAGUCGGUGAUAAUCGCAAAUCACAAUUAGUACCCGGCCCAGGAAUGGUCUUGCGGUUCGACACGUUCACAAAGAUCGGAGGUGGGUUUCGCUUCGCUGCUGCUACUUGCGAGUCAUCUGCAUUCAUCAUCGGCCAUGACACACUCGAGCAGAGUAUGGUGCACACCCGUGGUUCAGGCCAAUGGGGUGAGUUGGGGUACGACAACACCAACACGGAUCAAGCCGCGACAGAUGCUGAACCGCCACCCAUUCUCAUUGCAUUACCUGGCAAAGUCGUUGAUUUCGCAGCCGGAGUGUGGCAUUAUGUUGCGCUGCUCGAGGACGGCUCUGUAUAUGGCUGGGGUAAAGCGCGACUGGGGCAACUUGGCGAAAAGCUCUCUGGCAAGGUGAUGAUGCCGACAAGGAUCGCAGAUAUGUCGUUCAAGCCGUCGAAAGUCGUCUGCGGGAAAGACUUCACGUAUCUUGUCGGUGAUCCAUCGACUGGCGAGCAUACAAUCCUCGGCAAAGACAAAUUCGACAUUGUCUCAAACAUGCCGAACAACAUCAAAGGCUACAAAGAUAUCGGCGCAACGUGGCACGCCGUGUUUGUGCUCUUCGAAGACGGCAAGCUCAUUGCGUGGGGCAGGAACGCCAUGUGGGAGCUCAUUCCACCAUAUUUGCCGCUCAUCGACAAGAUUGCAGUUGGCUCUGAACACGUGCUCGCUGUGACAAAGGAAGGCAAGCUCAUCUCAUGGGGCUGGGGCAAGCAUGGAAACUGUGGUGAUCUCUCAAUUUUGCAAGAGAAGGUGAAAAACGACAUGAUCACUGGCAUCUGGAAUAACAUUGACGUUCCAGUGGAGGUAGACUUCAUAGGUGCAGGAUUUUGCACGAGCAUAGUCGUCACGAAGUGA